CUGUAAGCAACGGGAACAAGAGAACGUGCCUCUCUGUCAUUAUCAGUUGCAUGCCUUGCAUCCUGGGGUUUCAGAAUAGCUCAGCACCAUCUGCAUGUAGACAAAUGCCUUCUCCUGGGUGUAGCUGCACAGUCCAAGCUAGUCGCGUGUAUUCUGCAUGCCAUGUGCACGCGUGCAGAUAGCUGAAGUAUUUGCUGCAGGAUUGGAAAAGGUUCUUUAGCAGCUACUGUGAGCUGAUAACUGUUAGAAGGGGUUGUUACCUGUGGGUGAUGGGUGUUAGCGAAGUGAAUUGUCAUAUCUGUGGGCUUAUGUGAUUUCAUGUCCUGUUUUCAUCACCUUUUCCUUCUUCCCAUUCCCCCUCCCUCUUUUUCUCUUGCAGGGUGAUCUUGAGUUCUUCUUAAUUUGCUAGUGCUCAGCCUCCUCAUGCCUCCAUCUCCUUUAGACGACAGGGUAGUAGUGGCACUUUCGAGGCCAGUGAGACCUCAGGAUCUCAACCUAGAUUUAGACUCUAGCUAUCUUGAAUCUGCCUCUUCUGCCGGUGAGAGCCACUCCAGUCUGCUCGGCGCAGCUGUCGUGUCCCUAAAGACUGCUAAUCUCACGUAUAUGCCCUCAUCUAACGGCUCUGCACGCUCCCUGAGUUGUGGAUGCAGCAGUGCCAGUUGCUGCACUGUGGCAACGUACGACAAGGACACUCAGGCCCAAACUCAAGCGAGCACCAGCAACGCCAACGCCGGAGCCUCCACUGCCUGCCCUGCCAACCAAAUGGUCAACAGCAAUGAGAACGCCGGCAGCUUGAGCCCCCUGGGCGGUGUGGGGAGCCCCGUCUCAGGCACCACCAAGCAACUCGCUAGCAUCAAAAUCAUUUACCCCAAUGAUCUGGCAAAGAAGAUGACCAAAUGCAGCAAGAGCCACCAACAGAACCAAGGGCCUGUAAUCAUUGACUGCAGGCCAUUCAUGGAGUAUAAUAAGAGCCAUAUUCAAGGGGCUGUCCACAUUAACUGCUCUGAUAAGAUCAGCCGGAGAAGGCUCCAGCAGGGCAAGAUCACAGUCUUGGACUUGAUCUCCUGCCGGGAAGGCAAGGACUCCUUCAAGAGGAUCUUUUCCAAAGAAAUCAUAGUUUAUGAUGAGAAUACCAAUGAGCCAAGCAGAGUAAUGCCUUCCCAGCCACUCCACAUAGUGCUGGAGUCACUCAAACGAGAAGGCAAGGAACCCCUAGUCCUCAAAGGAGGACUCAGCGGUUUCAAGCAGAACCACGAAAACCUCUGCGAUAACUCCCUCCAGCUGCAAGAGUGCCCGGAGGGGGGAGGAGGGGGCGGCGCAUCCGCUGUGCCCCCCACGCUACCUCAGUCCAUCCCCACCACGCCGGACAUCGAGAAUGCUGAGCUCACCCCCAUCCUGCCCUUCCUCUUCCUCGGAAACGAGCACGAUGCUCAGGACUUGGAGAAAAUGCAGAGGAUGAACAUAGGCUAUGUAAUCAAUGUGACCACCCACCUGCCCCUGUACCAUUACGAGAAAGGCAUGUUCAACUACAAGCGGCUCCCGGCCACUGACAGCAACAAGCAGAAUCUCAGGCAGUAUUUUGAAGAGGCUUUUGAGUUCAUUGAGGAAGCUCAUCAGUGUGGAAAAGGUCUCCUCAUCCACUGCCAGGCUGGUGUCUCCCGAUCUGCCACCAUAGUUAUCGCGUACUUAAUGAAGCACACACGCAUGACCAUGACGGAUGCCUAUAAAUUCGUAAAAGGCAAGCGACCAAUCAUUUCCCCUAACCUUAACUUUAUGGGGCAGUUACUGGAGUUCGAAGAAGAUCUAAACAACGGCGUUACACCACGAAUCCUCACACCAAAGCUGAUCGGCGUAGAGACUGUCGUGUGACAGCAAAGCUGCGAGGAGGUGGUCGAUGAAGGGGUUAACCUGAUUUGGGGCAGCGACGGGUGGGUUGUGGGUUUUUCUUUUUAGUUUUCAAGGGGGGUUUUGUGGCAAACCUUUUGUGAAUAAAAACCUUUUUUUGUAAGGAAAGGUUUUUAAAAGAGAUCAAGAACUUCGCCGUGUUUGGGAUGCUGUUGUGAUUUCCUUCCCAGGCACUGGCAGAGCAGGGAGGCUUUGGAACAAAAGGAGAACUUUUUAAAAUCAAAACAAGAAGAAGAAAUACUGGGCUUUUUUUUUUUUUUUUCUUUUUAUUUUUCCCUCCUCUCCAGCUAUUUGUAGAGUUUAUGGCUAAGUAGUCUGUGCAGGUUCAUAGACUGAAGAAACCUAAGUUGAAGAUGAAACACAAACAACCAAAACAAAGCAGGAAAAAAACCUCCCUGAAACAUAAGGGCCUUCGUUCUGCAAAGGCUUUGCUAAAGAUAACCUAGCUAAAUGCUCACCGAUGCAAAGGAAAUCGGAGCAGCUUAAAAAGGCUGCAAGGCACUUUUCACACUCCUGACUCAAGAAGAAGAAAAAAAAAGUUUAUUUAGCGUGUUUCAUGUUCCAGUUCUAUUUUUCUAUUUUGGGGUGUAAGGUUUUAACAGUAAGGGACUUUGAUCAUUCUAUGCCAUAUGCCUUCACUGGCUUCUUGUGCAAUAAUAAUUUGGGGUUUGUUUUGAGUGUUCAAACCGAUUAGAGUUGGCUGCCUGCUAAUAAUAAGAUGAUAAUUUUUAAAGUCUAAUAGUGCAACGGCAGCCGGCUUGGUUCAGAAAGGAUAAAUGAGAGCAAUUAUUUCGUUCCUUUAUAUGAUUUUGAUCCUGGUUACAGUGCCAUAAACCUUGUUACAUAUGUAUAUCAGAAUGUACAAAAAUCGAGAACGAGCAAAGUUUAUUUAAAAAUAUUUUUCGCACAAAAUACUGGUGUGUUUCAGUUGUCUAUGUAAAAAAAAUUUGAUUAUAAAACAAAAAAUCUUUUGGAAAAUGUGUGUCCUUUUA